AUGCUGAGUAGCGCUCGCCAACGCGUGGUGAAGGCAUGGAUGUCUCUCCAGGUGGAGUACCAAGGGAGCUACUCGGACCAGCGACUGCAGCAGCUCGGUCAUUACAUGAAGGAACUGAGUACACUUCGACUGCUCCUCGUGUGCGUGUUGACACCCCUCCCAUGCCUCUUCCUCAGUCUGAUAAAGGAGGUUCCACCUAUGGCCCCACCUGAAGCUGGCGUCUACGGGAACGGCGUCUUUUUCGCUCGAUCGUGGGCCGUCAUGGCCGAUCCGUCCUUGUUCGUCGAGGUGCAGCGCCAACUCGUCGUGUACCAAUGCCAAACGACGCUCCCGUUCGUCUACCCGCUGUACAUUUAUGGGUUUGUGUCUCUCACAGGCUGGAACCAGGUGAUUUUCGUCGCGGUGUUGCCAAUAAUCCAGAUCAUUGCCAAGAACUGGAUCAGUCGUGCAUUGGGCGAUGACGACGACCAGAAGCCGCAGUGCGUUAUCUUCGUCGUGGAGGUCUACAACGCCCUCUACGUGUCGAAUGUGCUCCAGACCGCAUCGUCUUGGGCGUCGACGGCUGCCGUGAUGGUCGUCGACUUGGUGCAGUUCUGGGUCUCGAUGCUCGAUAUCGUGGAGAUUUUCAAGGACGUGAAUGCGCUGAUGGCCAAAAUCCCGCGUGAUCACCCGCUGGCUACGGAGAGUUUCGUGCAGGUGGCGGCUCAUUUGAUGACCGCUGAGGCGCAGGCGAAAGCUCAGAGUGGGCAGGUUGAAGUGAACGACCCGUGCCUGGCUCUAACCACCCCGGCACCCAAACCAACAGAAGCUCCGGAAAGUGGUUCCUACGUUCCGAAGAUGAAGGACGCGUACAUGAGUCGACAGUGGAUUGUGUCGCAAACAGCGCGAGUAUUCCCGUUCCACCCCCAGAACCGCUAUCGUAAACAGCCAACAAUCUCUGACAACGAUCUGAAACUGGACGACAUUCUUACGCCGACAGAACGGAGCAUGUUUAUAAGGAAGACCAAGCACGUGCUCUUUAUCGCAGAGUACCUGGUGCUGGUGGAGUACGUCGAAGCGGUGCUGCCAUUUGUCUACUGCCUACAUGAACUCAUCUUGUUUCAGAUGCACAACAGCGCCUACUACCCUUCGCUGGCGGGUUUAUCGAGUGCCCAGGUCUCGUCUGGAUUGCGAAGCACCCUACUCUAUAGCGUGUUGCAGCUCGGAUCGUUUAUUACGUUGAUGCUGCUGCUCAAGAUAAAGCUGGGAUACUCGCCAUUGCAGCACUUAGCCUUCGUGUUGGACGUGCACGCGGGAGUGGUCCAGACCAAGCUCAAUUUGAUAUUUGUCUACAUCAUGCAGGUCUCGCUGACGCAUCUUGGUGCUGAUUUUAGCUUCAAGUUCUCAUGGCUGCAUCCACGCAAGGAUUAA